CGACAUGGGGAAACGACUUAGCUAACAACACUAGCAACAGUUGCUAAGGACUUUUCUGACGUUGUAAUGAGACGACAUGGGGAAACGACAAUAACAAAGACAAAUGCAAAGUUUUAAACAUAACGCAUGAACCAAUGUUUAAUGAACUCGUUCAGUAGACAUAGACAGUGGACCAAAGACAUAGACAGUGGACACAAAAACAUAUUUUUGGCACAAACAGAACCUCAUAAAAGACCAGCAUCUACUAAACACCUAAAGCUUGCCGCUGCGUGUGAGGAUUGUGCACUCUAGUCUUGUGUUUUUGGUCAUGUUCUGUUGUCUCUUGCAGUCACUUCAGGUCCAUGUUAAUCCUCCACAGCUGUUUUCAUUUCUGUUCAUUGUCCUUUGUCAGGUCAUCUGCUUUGUCUCUCUUUUUUUAAUUUUUUUUUUUACUUAAGAAAGUGACUACAUGUAAUUUUCUAAGUGCUGAACUUAUUUCUUAGCCGUACUGACCCUGAGAAAGGGUUAUGGUCAGGUUUGAUAUACACAAAAUGGUUCCUGAGUGCAGCUGUGUCUGUACCCCACUGCAGAAAACAAAUCUAAGGUGCAUCACAGCUAAUGGGACUUUAACUUUAAAUACCAACAAUCAAGAUCAACAUUUAGCUUCAUAGGUGCACUCAAAUAUGUGCAGCCAAUGAAGCAAUGUGGAUCUUGGCUGCACGUAUUACGUGUGGGUAACGUGAAUUUACGUCAGUUUUUGUGUUUGGUUACACGUAAAUAUCUGUGAAUAACAUCAGCCUAAACUAACUAAACUUCUGACAUUUUUUGGAUUCAACUGACAGCUUCUCUGUCUCAAAUGAAUGUGUUUCAGAGCUGGAAUCAAAAUGUUCCUCAUGUGAUGCAGAGCCUCUCAAAAACACUUCAACAAAGCCACUGUUAAAAUGAAAGCUGGUUGAGUUUCACUCCCUGUUAUCUCCCCGUCAACAUACAAAAGGGCUUUGAACGACUUGGCAGGAUAAAACCCUCCAACUUCUUAUUGGUCUGUAAUUUUGCACAUACACGUUUGGACAGAAUGAAUUGGGAGACUAACACACUAAAAACUCCACAAUAAAAAUAUUCCAAGUUUGGUUGUUUUUAAUCCAACUACAAGCUCAAAAUAGACAAACGUUUUUCUGGUUUAUAUAAACUGAAUGAAAAAAACACAAAUUUGGUUAAAAUGAAACCAAUUUAAUCCCCCCAAAAUUUAUAUUGCUCCAAAAAGUGACCCAAUAAUAUAUUCCAACAUGAAUGACCCAAGAAUGGGGUUAGGAAAUAACCCACGUGUUUUGAGAGUGUACUAACAGAAACAAAAAUAAAGUGUUCAUCCCGAAUAAGUAGAGGUUUGUAGGCUGGAGCAGAGAUAGGGUUCCUAUAUGAAAGUCUGUGGGGUUGGGGGUCACAGCCUUUAAACCCUCUCUAGUAUCUGCCCUAACAGGGAUGCGCCUUGACUUGUGAUGACAGGUGAAUCCGUGGCGCUCCGUGCCACGCAUGCACCACUGGAGCGCACCAACCCGAUCGCACCGCCCUCCUGCCCGUCUGCUGCCGGGAGGAGCAGAGCAGAGGAGAGACUGUGGCGCACAGCCGCGCUACCUUCGCGAGCGAGCAGAUGCGACUCGUGCGGAUGGAAAUGCUCCGCGUCCUUCCAAAAGUUUGCCGUCAGUGAGAGCCCACAGGAACAAGGCGAGCCGGAGCGCGAGGCGGGAGGAGGAGGAGAAGGAGGUCUCCUGCGCGAAGACGCAGAGCGCCCGAGCCGAUGCCUCCGUGAGCGGAGGAGACGGAGAACCAGACCAGAGCUGCACGAAAACGCGCCUCCCUGCGCAGCUUUCCCCCUGAGCGCGCACGCGGCUGACGCAGAGCCCAGAAGACCCUUGCCAAUAUGAUGUGUAAGCAUACCCAACAAUAAUGGCCCACAAGACACACAGUGGACGUACAGCUGAAGCAGACAUGUCUGUGCAUCUCAUCCAUGCCAACCUGCAGAUUCUCUCCCACAAAAACAUCUGUACUUUACAAGGAAGCUUGGAAAUUGUCGGGAAAUGAGCCAAAGGUGGAGCCGGGCUGGUGUGCUGAGUUGCGGGGAAUAAUAAACCACAAGAGCGUCUACUCUGGAGGUCUUGGCUCCCACUGUGUGCACAGAAUGAGGCUGGUGUGGAAAUCCUUGGACAAAAUGAGGUGUCUGAGGAAACGCGCCACCAUCCCCUUCCUUGGCUUCCUCAUCACCUUCCUCCUCUUCCUGAACCUUUACAUGGAAGACGGCUAUGUGCUGGAAGGGAAUAAACGGCAGCUCAGGGAAGCUUCAGCCCAUCCUCCCAGCUCAGAGCGAUACGUUCACACCUUUAGAGACCUCAGCAAUUUCUCGGGAACCAUCAACGUCACGUACCGUUAUCUCGCCGGAACGCCGCUGAACCGCAAGAAAUAUCUCACCAUUGGUUUGGCGUCUGUCAAGAGAAAAAGAGGAAACUACCUGCUGGAGACGAUCAAAUCCAUAUUUGAUCAGUCCAGUUAUGAGGAGUUGAAAGAGAUCGUGGUCGUGGUCCACCUGGCAGACUUUGACCUGGUCUGGUGUGAGAACCAGGUCCAGGAAAUCACCAGGAAGUUUGCUCACCAUAUCAUAGCUGGACGCCUGCUGGUCAUCCAGGCUCCAGAGGAAUACUAUCCUUCUCUGGAUGGGCUGAAAAGAAACUACAACGACCCAGAAGACCGGGUUCGUUUUCGUUCGAAGCAGAACGUGGACUACGCUUUCCUCCUCAACUUCUGCACAAACCUGUCCCACUUCUACAUGAUGCUGGAGGACGAUGUGCGCUGUUCCAGAAACUUUCUGACAGCGCUGAAGAAGGUGAUCACCUCCAGAGAGGGCACCUACUGGGUGAUGCUGGAGUUCUCCAAGCUGGGCUACAUCGGGAAGCUGUACCACUCCAGAGACCUGCCACGUUUGGCUCAUUUCCUCCUCAUGUUCUACCAGGAAAUGCCUUGUGACUGGCUCCUCAUCCAUUUCAGGGGUCUGCUGGCCCAGAAGGACGUGAUCCGCUUUAAGCCCUCACUGUUCCAGCACAUGGGCUACUACUCCUCCUAUAAGGGAGCAGAGAACAAGCUGAAGGACGACGAUUUUGAGGAAGACUCCAUUGACAUCCCUGACAACCCUCCUGCCAGCCUUUACACAAACAUCAACGUCUUUGAAAACUACGAUGCCACCAAGGCUUACAGUACAGUGGAUGAGUACUUUUGGGGCAAACCUCCUUCAACUGGGGAUUUCUUUGUUAUAGUCUUUAACAAGCCAAUCAAGAUCAGCAAAAUUCGGAUUGCUACCGGCUCUGAUGACCGGCAGAAUGACCUUCUUCACCAUGGAGUGCUGGAAGUCGGGGAAAAGCUAGUAGGGACAAAAAAAGGGAAACAGUGUUCUUCAUUCAUCACACUGGGGGAGUUUAAAAAAGGAAAAAUAGAGGUUCAAGAUGUUGACCACAAGAUUGCAUUUGAUAUUGAGUGUGUGCGCAUUGUGGUGACAGGAAAUCAAAAAGAAUGGCUUAUUAUUAGAAGCAUAAGUUUAUGGACUACACAGCCCCCCAGUCAGUGAAGACUUUCCAAAAACACCCUUAUUACAUCAUAUACAAUGGUGUUUUUAUUUAUUAUUGUAUGUUUUUUCAGGUUUAGUUUUGUUAAUUUUGUAUCGAUUUGUUAUUCUCUUUUGAUUAGUUCAAUAUUUAUUUUUUUAUACCUAAGAGCUGUAACAUUUUUUGUCCAUUUUUUAGAUUACGGUAUUCUCAAAGAUGAUGUAGCUUCAGUGACAUGACCUGAUUGCUGGUCUUGAGCCCAAACAAGAUGGUGGAUGCUGCAGAACAUAAAGUUUUCUCAUGGUUUCUUUUAUUAAGAAAAAAGAAUUUGGUUUGUGCACCUGCCAAACUUUUAACAUCUUUAAUUAGUAAAGCUUAUUCUACAGCUGGACUUUGGUGAUAUAUUUGUAUAAAUGUAUCACCCUUUCUUUUUCAUAUUCAAAUCCUUACUUUACACUGGAGAGAAAAUUCAUGUAUAUGUAUAGUUUUUAAAAUCAGAAUAUGUCACAAAAGUUGUACUUUAGAGAGGCAAUGAGCAAAAACCUGUUCCUAAAGGCUAAAUUCUAUCCCAACAAUGUCUUGCAGCCUAAACAUUAACUGUAGGACCGUAGAGGUACCACAUCUCAUGAAAUGGUUUGAAUGGUGGACCCAAAUGCAGGAGAGGGACUUUACAAUACAACAUGACAAAAUCAACUAAAUCCCAGCAUUAUGAACUUUGAGAUAAGAGAAAAGAAAAAGGCUGAUAAACAAGAAAACCGAAAAAGGACAAACUAAAUGCCAGACUAACUGAAUAACAGAAAGCAGUUUUAAUCAUUUAAAACGGAAAUCUGCUGUGACAGUGAGAGUGGAGGUAACAAAAUGUGAUGACAGAAUGUAACUGGAACCAACCUCCUACAUUCCAACCCCAAACUGGAAACCAACCUUAAACUACUGGAUGUGGCAGUUCCCCGAGUAGCUACUACAGAACCAUUGUCUUCCAUGUUAAAAAAAAUGUCAUUCCAAAAUUGGCAAUUAUAAUUUAAUAAAUAAAAGUAACAAAUAAGUAUUUCAAUGUAAGCAUCAUUCCACCCAGAUACCAAUUUAUUUGUUACCAUCAUAUGUCAACUUGUUUCUCUGAAGGGUUUUAGGAUUUUGUACUUUUCCUCAAAUUAGUGUCAAGAUCAAUGACCUGAUAUCUGUAGGAGUUUUGGAAGAAUAGUAGAAAGGAUCAUGAACCAAGUGAUGCACAUGGAGGCAGAAAUAUGAUCUGGGCUUAUUCAGUUUGCAAAGACUAUCCACUGGUGUCUGAAUCACAAAGGGUCACACAACAAAAUAAAUAUACAGAGUGAUUGGCUUCGGCCAUCAAUGUAACAAUGAGAAUGCCAUAAAUGUGUCAGAGAGCAGUAAGAAUUAUUUUCUGAUUAUUAUUGCGGAGUGCAGGGUAAGGCUUUCGAAUCCUAAAAACAAAAUGGAGUUUCAAAUGGAAAUAAAAGUUCAGGCAUUUGAUAAGAUUUUAGGAUUCGAGGCUGUUGUAGAAUAUAAAGGUUUUAUUGAUUUUGUUGUCUUCUUUUGGACAGCUUGUUUAUGCCUUUUUACAGAUUGACACACUGAGGCAUGGUAGACCUGGUUUUAAAGGCUACCCAACUUUAGUCAGAUAACAUAUGAAUGGUCAUUUGUCUUUGGUUUGUGUUCCCACUUGUGAUCACACCUGUUUUCCAUUGUCAAUCAGCUGUACUGCUUGUUGCUUGAGUAUCCUCAGAGCUUGGGUGCCCAAAGGAGGGCCUGCGGGCGCCAACAAAAAGGUUGUCUUUUUGGCCAACCAAGUCAUGCCUGAAGAGGCCGUGGAGUGUUUAGUUAAAACCCCUUAACCUUCCCCAUUCACUCAUGGAGCGACAACAGCACUAGCAAAUGGAUAAGAGGCAUUUUAAACAAAUAUGGGAGGAAGAUUAUUUUUUUUACAGAAAAAUCUCUUCUCAGGCUGUUAGUCCUUUUUGUCAACAGUCCGUGGCUGUACUUAAAGAGUACAAUAUACGCCGCCACUACUGGACUAAACACACAGUUUUGUCCAAACACAAAGGUGAGGCGCAAAAGACAAAUUCUAGGGAGUUCCAAUCUAAACUUUUGUUACACCAAGCCACCCUGCCCUCGGCAGCACUGGAUAGCGCCACAUUGGCUAGCUACAAAAGUUUGGCGUUAAUUGCCGAGAGUGGGAGAUCGAGAGAGAUUCAAAGAAAAAUGUUACUAACUUUUUAGUCUCACUAAUGUGUGUUACCUUGAAAAGUACCAAAUACAAAUAAAUAAACUAAACUAUA